AUGGCGAAACCUCUGGCACCCACGUGCGAGUUCUUUAGGAGGCGGGACGAUUGGCGGAAGCACCCGAUGAUGACGAACCAGUGGCUCCACGCCACCCUCGAUUUGGCUUCGCUCUUGUCGCUACCAGCAGGAGCACGAGCCGAUGAUUUUGCAACAUUUUCUUCAGGUUCUGAACUUGACUUGCUCAUAGAGAAUAUUUUUGACCUCAUGUUGAAACUUUCACACUUUCUCUUUGCAAAACCACCCAUUUGCUUUUCUACGGCAGGAAGUGCAAGUGAAGACAUAGUUCUUCUGAGUAGAAGUUGUGAUUCUUGA